GUGUAGCUCUUCCCACUGUGAAUGACUUGAAAGAAGACAAACAAAACAAAUGAAAGAAGAAACAGUCCGACGUAAGCAGCGAGCGGUUCUCACGGGAAGCCGAAGGAAUACUUUGCUCCUUUAAACUCUUCAAACCCUCUCCCUGCGUUCACCUGUAUGACGGCGUGAAGAAACGAGGCACUAAGCUAUGGAGAGCACCGUUGAGGCCUCCCAGAGUGGAGGCCUGCCUAGAAAAAAGCCAGCUCUGCCCCCAAAACCCAGUCUCGCCCCCAAGCCUUUCUCUCUGCAAAAUAACAGCACAAUUCGCUCCUUCAGUGCUCCAAAGGCUGCUCCCAAAGCUGCAACUACACCCAAGUCACAAAAACCUCAGGCCCAAAAACCAGAGACAAAAAGUCACCCAUCCACAGCUGUGACCACUCCUGCUAAGAAACUGCCUCAACCUACUUCAGCCUCAGCUCCCAAAGCUCCAUCUGCAAAAGUGCCACCUAAAUCUAAACCAGAGGAAACAAAAACAAGUGCUGCACCUCCACAGAAAGAGAAUGGUCUUGGUUCUGAGACAGGUGCACUGAAUCCAGACACUAAAGCAGCUCCGCCUAAAGAGGAACCCAAGUCACCAACAGUCCAGAAAGACAGUGUCAUCCAAACAAACCACCAAAAACCCAAAGAGGCUGUUGCUGCUAAUGUGGAGAAGAACAAUGGAGAGGAACCACAGAGUGAUACUCCAGUUUCUUUUGACCAGAAGAUGGUGGAGACGAGCAAUAACAGUUCUGGAGCAAACAGUCCAGUAUGCCAGCAGGGAAGCACACGGAAGCGUCUCCCUAAAGAGCUCACCUCAAAGUUUGAGUCAGGUGGGGUCCCUAAGCCUCCCCAACCUAUGAAAGCCAUUCCUAAACCUAUUGCCAAAGAUGAGCCUUAUAAACCAGAAUCCUCUGAAACACAACACAGUCAGACAACACCAGAGCCUCCGGUCAGAGAGAGUGAUCCCGAUGCACCAAAGGAGGAUUUUACUGGUGGAAACAGCAUUAAAAAGAGAAUCAGUCUCUUGUUUGAGUCUGUGUCAAAGCCAGAGGUCACAACCAAAAGAGAUGAGCCAGAAAUUCCUAAUGGGACCCAAGUUGUGAAGAAGCAGAUCAAAAACUGGGUGGCAGAAACAGGUCCGGAGGAUCAGAAGGUUGAAAAAAAGAGUACGCCUACAGCUAGAGCUCGCUCCAAGAGCUUUGAACGUGAAGCUGAGAAAUUGCCUGAAAAACCAGAAGUGGAGGUUUGUGCAGAAGAAGAGACGCCCACCCAGUCGACAGUUUCUGCAUCUUCAGAGAGUCAAACUGAACCACAAAAGGAGUCGAGAACGGACAAUAAAUCCUUAGAAAAUGCAACCGAUGCAGCAUCAGUGACUGACAAACCAAAGGAAGAUGAUGUCGGGCUGCAGAAGAACCAUGUUGCUGCUGCUGAUAAAAAGGACUUGACCUCUGACAGUGCGCUGAAGAAGAAGAAGAAAGCCAAACGCCGCUCUGUUCGCUUUGGAACUGUGGUGGCAGAUGACGGUGGACCUCCAGUGAUGCUGAGUCCAGACCCUGAAUCCAGUGAAGAUGAAAAGCAAAGCAAGGAUGCUGAGGUUGAAAGCAAGAAGGAAGAGGAGGCCGUCGUUCCGAUACCCGUCUACAGAACAGUUGGCAUUCUCCAGAGGAUGAGGUUUGAACAAAUGCAGAAGGAAGAGGAGGGUUUACAGGGCAGACUUGAGCUGGAAGAGGAGCAAAAAAGAACAGAAGAGGAAGAAGCGAGGGAGAAAGAGGAAGCAAGACAGAGAGAACUGGAGAGAGAAAGGUUAGAGGAAGAGAGAAGAGAAAUGGAAAGACUAAGAGAAGAAAAGAUUGAAAAAGAAAGGCAAAUGGAGCUGCUAAGACAGAAAGAGUUAGAGGAGGAAAUAGAGAGGGAAAGGUUGAGGCUGGAAGAGGAGGAAUCUACAAUGAGGCAGGAAAGAGAGAGACAGAUGCAAAGGGAAGAGGAGGAGAGACGCAAGAAACAGAAACUGGAAAAGGAAGAAAGAGAGCAGGAGUUAGAGCUGAUGAAGAGGAAAAAACAGGAGGAGGAGGAGAGACUCAGACAAAAGCAGCUGGAAAAUCAAAAGUUAAGACAGGAGGAAGAGGAAAGGGAGAAGAUUAGGAAACUGAAAGAGGAGGAGGAGAUAAACAGAAGGAAACUUGAGGAGCAAAGAUUGAAGGAGUUGGAUCUGAUUAGGCAGAGGAAGGAGGAAGAGGAGGAGGAGAGACUAAGGCAAGAAGAGCUCGAAAAAGAAGAGUUAAGACAGGAGGAAGAGGAGAAGGCCAGGAAGCUGAAAGAGGAAGAGGAGAUAAAAAGAAGGAAGCUUGAGGAGCAAAGAAAGAAGCAGUGGGAGUUGAUGAUGCUGAGAAAGGAAAAGGAGGAGGAGAUAGAGAGGCUUAGGAAGCAAGAGGAGGAGGAGAGAAAUAGAAGAGAACUUGAGGAAAAGCAAAUGAAGGAGUCGGAGAUAAUGAGACAGAGACAGGAAGAGGAGGAGAGACUCAGACAGGAAGAGCUGGAAGAACAGAAGUUAAGAAAGGAGGCUGAGGAGGAGAGGAUCAGGAGGCUGGAAGAGGAGCAGAGGCUGAAACGGGAGGAUGAGGAGAGAAAACGAAGAGAGCUGGAGAGGAAGAUGCAUCAAGAAAAAGAGGAAGAAAGGAAAAGGGCAGAGGAUAGAAAGAUACAGAUAGAAAAAGAGAGGGCAGAAGAACUGAGGAGAAAGAUGCAAGAGGACCUGGAAAGACAACAAGCAGAGGAGCAGAGUAAAAGGCUGAGAACAGAGGAAGAGAAUGAAAAGGGGGCAGAAAAUCUCAUCAAUUUUGGCACAGAAGAUUUGUCUCAAAAAUCCGAGCCCCCGUUCUCCCCCUCAUCAAACACCUCCGAGAACACAGAGUCCCUCAUCGACAUCGUCUACGAUGACUUCUCAGUCCAGAACCCUCUGCUCGACGUUGUCUACGACGACUUUUCUGUCAAACCUAAAAGAUGGACUCCUCAGCCUAGGCUGGAAACUGCUCCCGUCAGCGCCUGGACGGCCAAACCUUUGAAUGAUAACGCGCUGGUCUCCUUCGACACUGAACCAUUGGAACCUCUGAGAGAAUAUGAACCGCAGAAGGUCGACAAACAGCUGGUGUCCAGUCCAACCCAGGAGAGCCCAGAGAAUGAAAUGAUAGAGGGGUUGUUGGUGGACAUAGGUGGGGAUGAGGAGGUAGAGAGGCCCAUGGAGGAACAGAUCAAGUCCAUAGAGAUAAUGACGGAGGAGGAUGAGAAAGAAGAAGAAGAAGAAGAGGAGGAGGAAGAAGAGGAGGAGGAAGAGGAAGCAGAGGAGGAAAACAUUAAGACUGAAGCAGAAAUGGAACUUGAUGUUGAAGAAGACAACGAGGUAAUCAGUAAACCUUAUUUCUUUUUAACCAACAAGUACUAGAGAAAUUAAAAUAUGUGCAAAAAAACUUGAAAUUUUUCAGUUUUUACUGUAGGAGCAGAAUAUCACUGAUAAAUGUCAACAAUUCAACCAU